GCUCAGCUGGCGCUUUUGAAUUUCUCUUGACACAAGACCUUUGCCGCGGCGAAGGGACCAGUGAGAUGGGGGCCUGCUGUGAUUGGUUGACUAGUACUAAUUGUUAUGUGUACUGCAGUCAUUUCCUCUCAGCAUGGGGAGAUCGAAUGUGGCAGUUUGCUGUUGCCCUCUUCCUCAUCCAGAUAUCACCGGAAUCUCUUCAACUCACGGCCAUAUAUGGCCUGACCACUGGGGCAUCUAUCCUUGUGUUUGCCCCACUUAUCGGGGAUUGGGUGGAUAAAACACCAAGACUGAAAGCUGCGCGUGUGACCUUGCUUCUUCAGAACCUCAAUGUCAUCAUCUGCGCUGUCCUCGUCUGUCUACUGGUCCUAUUCCACGAGUUCGCUGAGGGAUUGUGGGAAGGCUGGCUGCUCACGCUGUGGCAUGCUGGGAUCAUUUUGGUUGCCAUUUUUGCAAACCUGUCCAGUCUGGGAAACAAAAUCUCGGUUCAGCGAGACUGGAUUGUGGAAGUGUGCAGCAGAGACAAAGAUCGUCUUGCAACAAUGGGAGCUGUUUUACGUCGGAUUGACCUAGCCAAUAAAAUCCUGGCUCCCAUAGCAACCGGGCAGAUCAUGACCUUUACCUCCAUGUUGAUUGGCGCCAUCUUUAUUGCCAGCUGGAACUUUGUCUCGAUGUUUGUGGAAUAUUUCCUACUGUGGAAGGUGUACAAAUCUGUGCCGGCUCUUGCCAGUAAAAAAAAAAAAUCUUCUCCAUUAGAAAUUCCUGAAGACCCUGAGGCUGAUGUCACAGAAGAUGGAGUUGAAGCUCCCAUGACAGAUAUCCCUUUAUCAGACGACAAAGAAAGUGAGGCUCAUUUGAUGAACAGCAAAAACACAACAACCAAUGAGAAACGAGAUGCUGAAGAUUCAAAUCCUGGUCCUGACACCAGUCUGACAAAAUCAACCAAUCAGAACGAUGAGAACAACAUAGAGAAGGGAGAUAACUCAGGCCAAGAUGAAAAGUUCCCUGCCAAGCAGACUGGUUGUUGCCGUAAAGGAGGAUCAUGUUACAAGAUGUUUGGAGGGUUUAUCAUUCUGUACAAUGGCUGGAAGACUUACAUGAAGAACCAGGUGGCCUUAGCAGGGAUUGGGCUUGCCUGUCUCUACCUCACGGUACUGGGGUUUGAUAACAUUACCACAGCUUAUGCUUACUCUCAGGGCCUCACAGAAUCCACCCUGGGGAUCCUCAUGGGUUCAGGUGCUCUUGUGGGAAUCGUGGGAACAUUUGCUUUCACUCGGAUACGCCGCCGAGUUGGACUGGAGAGAACUGGUCUGUUCUCGUUCUCAGCCGAAAUCGCGUGUCUGACACUCUGUGUGGCCUCUAUCUGGGCUCCAGGCAGCCCUUUUGACCCUUUCCAUUGGCAAGAGAAAAGCCAAUCAAACGUCUCCUUACAUUCUUGUAACAUGUCUGACACCACAGCCCCUAGUUACCUCCCAUUGCCAACACCAAUCACUGCCAUGAACAGAAAUCUCACCAGCUCUACUGACCACACAGCUGCAAGAUUACAAACAUUGACUGCUGACUCAAAUGCAACAACGCCUCUGAUUUGUCCAACAGAAUUUACUGGCCAUUCAUAUUUCUCGAUAGCUUUGCUUAUGGCUGGGAUAAUUUCAGCUAGAUUUGGUCUUUGGAUCUCUGAUUUGACUGUGACUCAACUAAUGCUUGAAAACGUCAUAGAGACAGAAAGGGGCGUGGUCAACGGCGUUCAGAGUUCACUAAACCAGUUGAUGGACAUGUUGAAGUUUGCCAUUGUUGUGGCUGCCCCGCAACCUGAGCUGUUUGGAAUAUUGAUUCUCAUAUCCUUUGCCGCCGUCUCGACCGGAGGAAUUUUCUAUGCUUCGUACUCUCGCAAAGUCAGGGGUCAUCUUUUCCACCCGGAAAAGCUCAAAUGCAUCACCGUUUCCAACGGCAACAUACACCCUCCAGUGGUUGCCAACAACAACAGCGAAGAAGUUUCUGUGGCACCUCCUGCUGUCUAAUUGACAGCUGAAUUCAGGGACGAAAACUCAAAAAGGAGAUUAAAUUUUUAAGUUUUGAGUGAAUAUUGAAGAAAUGCAGUUUUGGUCAGCUUCAAGAGAAAAGUAACCUUCUGCUGUGGUGUUAGAUUUUUCUUUUCUCUUUUUGUGUUGUUCAUGAGCUAUUGUUAUCUUUCCUGGGUCUUUAAAGGAAUUUUUAUCAUUCAGAAUAAAUUUUUCCAACGGUGAGUCAACUUAUGUGUGUAAUCCCCCACAAACUUAGGUGUUUUGUGAGGCUUGUUUUAUGAUCAAUACAGCCUUUUUAUUAUGGAUGAAAAGUCCAGCCAGUUUGAAAGCGGUGUUUGUCAACCAGAAUGAGUACCGUAAUUCUUCAACCUUUUUGCAUGUUUGUAAGGUGCUUAUUCAGGCAUAUUCUGUGUAGACUGAUAUAAUUACACUUUCUAUGAAAACCCUGGAAUUGGCCUAUCCCACUAAUAUAGUUUUGUCUCCAAAAUCAAGUUAGAAUGUGCAUUAAUUGCACUGAAAGUUGCUCUUUCAUGUGUGAAAAGGUGGGGGAAUCAGGGUAUGUGCAAAAGAGGAAUUGCCAUAUCCUUGUUAAAAAAGAAACCUUUUUUAAGUUGCAGAUGCUCUGUCUGUUGAUUUGUCAGUCGUGUGCACUUGUUAGUUUGAUGGGAAUUGUUAACAUUGUGAUGAUGUUAUCUGGAACAAUCUGAAAAUCCAAAACAAAAAAAUUGUUGUUGUUGACAUUUUUGAAUUCAUGGCGCGAUUUGGUGACUUACAUGUAUGUACCUCUCAUUUGAAUUUUCUUACUUUCGAAGUAAGUUUCAAGUUGUAUUAAUUGGUCAGUGUGAACGUAAAAAUUAAAUGAGACUAGCGCGGCUAUUAAACUGCCAUUGUAGUGUAAGGCCCUUAAUAUUGAUGUAGUGUGAGGCCUUUUAUUGAUAUAGUGUGAGGCCCUUAUCAAUAUAUAGUGAGGCCCUUAUCAGUGUAGAGUGAGGCUUCUUGCUGUCUUCGAAAGUAAGUAUUUUCUAAGUUUCAAGUUGUAUUAAUUGGUCAUUGUGAACGUAAAAAUUAAAUGAGACUAGCAUGGCUAGUAUACUGCCAUUGUAGUGCAAAACCCUUAAUAUUGAUGUAGUGUGAGGCCUUUUAUUGAUAUAGUGAGGCCCUCAUCAAUGUAGAGUGAGGCCCUUUAUUGAUAUAGUGUGAGUAUGAGGCCCUUAUCAAUAUAUAGUGAGGCCCUUAUCAGUGUAGAAUGAGGCUUCUUGCUGUCUUUGAAAGUAAGUAUUUUCUAAGUUUCAAGUUGUAUUAAUUGGUCAUUGUGAACGUAAAAAUUAAAUGAGACUAGCAUGGCUAUUAUACUGCCAGUGUAGUGCAAAGCCCUUAAUAUCAAUGUAGUGUGAGACCUUUUAUUGAUAUAGUGUGAGGCCCUUAUCAAUAUAUAGUGAGGCCCUUAUCAGUGUAGAGUGAGGCCCUCAUCCAUGUAGCGUGAGGCCCUUUAUUGAUGUAAUGUGAGUAUGAAGCCCUUAUCAAAGUAAUGUGAGGCCCUUAUCAAUGUACCGUGAGGACCUCAUCAGUGUUGAGUGAGGCCCUCCUCAAUGUAGCCUGAGGCCCUUUAUUGAUAUAGUGUGAGUAUGAGGCCCUUAUUAGUGAAGAGUGAGGCCCUCGUCAGUAUAGCUUGAAAGCUCUUAUUGUUCCAUCAUACGCAAAGUAAAUAUGGAUAUUAUCAGUUAUGUCCAUUUGUCUGAUAUGUAUAAAUAUUAGUAUUAUAAAGAUGUUGCAUGUUCUUAGGCAUGGUUUUUGAUCAUGAAUGAGUUUGUUAUAAAUAACUUGCAAGAGUGUUUUAUGAGUAUGAUGAGUUUUGAGAUCACAUAUUACUUGUGACAGCAAAACAUCAUUGGGCAGGCAGCUGAACUUUGUUUUUGUCAAGUAACCUACAAUGUACUUCAAUAUAUACAUUCAGUGUACAUGUAAUAAUAUGUAUGUACAAUAUACAUAUACUGUAAUACAAUAUAUACGUACAGUGUGAUUGUAAUACAUUGUACAUGUAGAAUGUAAUACAAUAUGUACAAGGUAAUACAGUGUAUGUGAACAUACCCCUACACAGAAUAUAUCUGUACCCCAUGUGACCCUUGUUGUCCAAUGAACUAAUAGUUUCAUGUUAUUUUAUUCCCAGUAGUGUAGUGUAAUUGUAGUGUGACACGUAAAAUGUAAUUUGCAGUGCCAUAUAUCAUUCGUAGUGACAUACACUGUACAUACUUUUUAGUGCUCAUUGUUUGUUAUCUGCAGUGCUGCUCGUCAUUUUCAGUUUGCUAUUCACUCAAGUAUUCAGUUUUUUUUUAAAUUCCUGCAUGCUAUAGUGCUAAAGUUGUACAUACAUCUGUUGUAAUCGCAUUUCUUACAUCACCUUCCCAAUCCAGCUCUAUCGAUCAACUUCCAAAUUUUUGUUUAUUGAUGAGUUUUGAUUGAACCCUUCAUUGCAACUGUAACCAAAAAUAUCUUCAAUAGGAAUAUUGAAGUGCAAACUGCCAAAAUACUUCUACUGACAACUGUGAAACCUCAUUGACCAAAAUAAAGUCAGUGACUUGCAAAGUCAUCAGUAGCAUUUAUUCUUUUUUGUCCCAAAAACUUUUAAGUUAACGUUUUAACACCUAGCUUUUCAUUUCAGCUAAAAAUAUCCAAAACAGUUUAAACUUACUGUAUAUCUUACGUCUAACUCCUGGAAUGAUUUCAUGCCAGAAAGUCUAUUUUCUGCUGACGGCAUAUUUGAUAUACAUAUAUUAAACUGAAUGAUUUUUUGAAAUGAUUUCCUGUAAAUUUUUAACUUGACCUGUUUGGCAGUGCAGAAUAAAUAUGACAUGAAAGAAAAAAGAAUCGUUUGAUUAUAUUAUGCAUGUUUGGUUAUGGGUCUGGGUCGUUGUAUAUUGUUGGUAAAACAACAAAAUACUUAAUUUGAAAAAUCAAUUUUUUCAUUUUCCUUUGUUUGUUAACAACCAUAAUGUCAUUAUGUUUUUAUACACAAGUUUCUGUCAAAGUAAAAGUUUAAAAUUUAAUUGUUUUUUUUUUUUUUUUUGAAAAACAUGUAUUUGAGACAAUGGCAGGUUUCCAUGCUGAUUCACCUGUGCCGUGAGUGUGGGAAGAUAUUAGAACUAUUCCUGGUUAUUUUAGAAUUAUUUAGAAUAUUAGUUUUGGGAUACUUUUCAAGUUCAAUUUUUGUGUGAAUAUGGGAUGAAAUAAUGUGUCUAUGUAGUUUAUAAAAUUUCUGAAAGUAAAAACGAUAUCUACGAUAAGAAGUUUGUGAUACUUUAUAAUAUUAGCAUAGUAUUCAUAUAUUACCAUACCUAAUUAAUGCACUUUUUCUGUUUUUCUCUUUUAAAUACUAGUUUAUAUGUUUAGUUUUUUGGUAUGUUGAGAUUUUAGUAUGUAUGUACGUGUAUAUAUAAUUUUUGUCUAUAAAAAUACAUCUAUAUAUAUAUUGCAUUGUAAGGUCGCUGAGUGCACAUGAAUGUGAAAAAGACUAUAGCUUUAGUUUUAGCUAUGGUACUUUUAAUAUACAUAUUAUCAGGAGUAAUAUGCUUCAUGUGUCAAACUUCACAAACUUUUUAACAUUUUUGUGAGCGAUACAUUUUUAAGGAGGAGGCUAUGCAUAGUUUACAACAUAAGAUGUGAACAAUAAAGAAACAGUCUACUACCAAUAUGUAUAUUAAAUGGUUACACGGGACUCUAAAGAAACUAAAUUUUGCCUCCAAAAAAAUUGCAUUUUUUGAUGCAAAUAUAUGGCAUAAAAUAUUUUUUGCUGAGAUACAUGUUUUUCCUGAAGGAUAUUUGACCCUACUUCCAAACAAACCCCCCAAAAUGCCUUUUUUAGAUCAGUACGACGUUCAGAAUCCAGAGAAAUGAGUAUCUUGUUGAUUAAAUUUUAGGUCAUUUACAGUUUUAAACCUGCAGUGCCGAUUUUCAACAUUCUUCAUCCAUCCAUUGGAGUCAAUAGUUUACUCAUGUUUUAAAAUAUACUGUAGAAAUGUUGGAUGAAAUAUAAUUGUGUACGGUUUAGUAUUAUUCCCCUUGUUACGUGUAUUACUGCUACAUGUACUCUUGUAUAUCGUGAUAUUAUGUACAGCUGUAUCCGAUGCUGAAUAAACU